AGGGGGGCAGAAGGGGGGAGGGAGUCAAAGCAGGCGCCCCCGCCCCACUCGGACCCACGCCUCACGCCUCACUCGGGAGGAAAGAAGGGAAAGAGAAGGAAGGACGGAAAGGAGGAGAAGAAGAAGAAGAAGGAGAAGGGGAGAGGCCCUCCGCACCCCCGACGCCCCCCACCAUGAGCAACCUGCCCCCCAAGGAGAGCGAGCACAGCGGCGGCAGCAGCGAGGAGGAGGUACGGACACUAUUUGUCAGUGGCCUUCCUGUGGACAUCAAACCCAGAGAGCUUUACCUGCUUUUCCGGCCAUUCAAGGGUUAUGAAGGAUCGCUGAUCAAACUAACAUCAAAACAGCCGGUAGGCUUUGUUACCUUCGACAGCCGAUCUGGUGCGGAAGCUGCAAAGAACGCAUUGAAUGGCAUCCGCUUUGACCCGGAGAACCCCCAGACGCUGCGGUUAGAGUUUGCCAAAGCCAACACCAAGAUGGCCAAAAGCAAGCUGAUGGCCACACCGAACCCUACCAACCUCCACCCUGCACUCGGAGCGCACUUCAUUGCACGGGAUCCUUAUGACCUGACUGGGGCAGCCCUGAUCCCGGCAUCUCCAGAGGCCUGGGCUCCCUAUCCACUCUACACCACAGAGUUGACCCCUGCCAUCCCACACGCCGCUUUCACGUAUCCAGCUGCCGCCGCAGCCGCUGCCGCCCUUCACGCUCAGAUGCGCUGGUAUCCUCCGUCCGAAGCCACCCAACAAGGAUGGAAGUCUCGUCAGUUCUGUUAGUUUUAACUCGCCUCUUGGCCCACAUUUCCCUCCCUUGUCUCUCCGUGGAGCGAUGUGCCAGGGAUGAAGUAGUCUGUGGAUCGCUGGAAACCUUCCCUCCAACCCCUUCCUGUGGACGCCGGCAAGGUGCCCAAUUGCAGUAACACUCCCUUUUUCCGUGAACAAACGACUCCGUGGGCUUCCCAUCCCGAGACUGUGAACGGCCUCCUCUUCCCGCAAUGUCCUCGGCUGCAUGGUCCGUGUCCGCUCCUUGCUUGCUUGCCCGCUUGCCUGCCCGCCCGCCUGCCUCCCAUUGCUGAGUUUCCCCUCCCUUGGAGAGACCAGUUCCCGAUGCGAGACCCCUUUUGUGUCCCCAGCCGAGACGCUGGCAUGAAACGUGGUCUAGCCGUGUACAGUGCAAUAAUAACCCAAGCCUUUCUUAUCCCUAAACCUUGUCGAUGCGGUUCCGCCGACGGGAGCGAAAGACAAGUCGGUUUUUGCAUGUUUUUUUCUCUGGCAUGAAUUUAGAACACUUUCAAACUCGGUGGGUGUGUGCGUGCGUGAGUGUGCAAAGCUUGUUUUUGUUCUGUGUCACCAUAGCAGCGGGUUUUGGCCUUGCUAUUGAUCACUGAAGUUUUCUUUUUUCCCCAUCUUGCUUCUGUGAAGACUUGGCUUCUGCAAAACACUCUCCUAGUUUGGCCUCGUCCUGGUUUGCGUUUCCUUUUCAGUCUUUUCCUUUCCUUCUUUGACUCGACUUUCCUUCUCCAAAAGUACAAUGCACUGGGUUCCUUGUCCACUUUCCCCCUUCUCCAGUUCAAGUCAGGGUUGUGUUUCGUUUUUUUUUUUUUCGUUUUUCUGUCAAGCUUCUAUAUAUAGAACAUCUGUAAAAUAUUUAACCUUUUUUGUUUUGUUGUUGUUUCCACAUCCCUCUGAUUGGAGAGAAUCCAGUCUUGCCAAAUAAUCAGCCAUCCUUAUGGGAAUAUCGAACAAAGAUGUACGAGUAUUUUUGUACCAUGUGUAAUAAGGAAAUAUUUAUGCAUCAUAAAAAAAGAUUUUGUGUGGUUUUGUGCAAUUAAUUAAUUAUUAUUAUUAUUAAAGAGAAACUGUAAUCUGUAAAAUAAGUUUAAUGUUCAGUUUAAAAGCUUGAAGAGAGAGAGAGAAAAAAAGACUUUUUUUCUGUAACUGAUUCAGUCAGGCAUAGUAACAAGAAAUUGUGCAAUUUUUCGUUGACAUUUUAUUGCUUGGUAUUUGGAAGUGCUUUAAGUAUUAUAUUGGACCAUGGCUGUCUCACUUGUAUUAAAAUCCUUGAGAAUAAGUUGCUAUAUCCUAUGAGAAUGUGAAACUGGAUAAUAUAUGAAUUGUACUCA